UAAUUUGAGGAAUAUUUAAAUAUUUGAUAUAAUAAAAUCAAGGACUUUACUUGUGGCCAAUCAUUACCUGCGAGGAUUGAUUUUUUUCGCAUGAACAAUUACCAUAAUGUAACUCAAUUCGUACACCAGUAAUAACUAGUUAAAUACAAAAUUGUCUAGCUUAUUUUAUCGUAAUUACAAUAAUAUCAACCAGAACCAAAUUAAAUAAAUACGAAAAUAGAUUGAAACUCGGCACAAAAAACUGUAGACUUUUUUGCUAAAAAUCAAGCAGCAUUAUAGUAUAAACAUUGGCCAUGAAAACGUCGUAUUUGUUGUGUGGACUAUAUGUCCUAAUAAACUUCGCCAAUAGUGAUAAACGCAACUUUCGAAUCUACUUUGAUGAGUUUGCGAUAAAGUAUAAGGUGACAGACAUUUUCGAAAAGGUGGAUUGUCAUUUGGUCCAAUUGAAUAAUCGAAGCUACGUCAACGGCGAGAUGAUUUUAAAAAGAAGUGUUGGAGAUUUGAAUGUUCGUACCAUCAUGGAUUUUUGGAAACCAAACACUCAAAUAAAAACGAAGUUAUAUGAUGUUCGUUUAGAUGGUUGUAACUUACUAAGAAGUCUUCACAAAAAUAAACUUUUUAACCUCUAUGUGAAGAGCUUUAAAAAGCAUUCUAAUGUAAUUUUGCUGUGUCCAUUUAAGGCGAACUAUAGUUACAAAAUGGUGGAUUGGUUUUUGGAUGAGAAGGAUCUGCCCCCGUAUGUCCCUCUUGGUAAAUUCCGUACAAUCACCGAAUAUUCUACACAACAGCGAUUGGCAAUACGUAUUGUAGUACACGGUGAAGUUUUGGAAAAACUGUAAACUGCAACAUAAAAAUCAUAAAAACAAUGUGGGGGAAAAAAAUUGAAAAAAAAAUAAA